AUGGCUCAUUCACAAGUGGAUUGGAGAUGCAGUGCAUGCUGGAGAACCAACAAGGCCAACACACAGCGCUGCGCUCGGUGUGGCAUAUUCUGGACGCAUGGGAACGACCAGACGUAUGUGCCCCAGAAGACGGCGUACAGAAGUCCCAGGAGAACGACACAGCCUUCAGCCUGGAACUAUACAGGGUGGUCUUCGAGCAAUCAAUGGGCAGACUCAGCAUGGCAUCAAGGACAUCAAGAAGGGCAGACACCGAAGAACAGACAGAGAGGAAGCACACCCAGGAAAAAGACGCCCAAGGGUCAGAAGAAGAAGAAGGGCGACUCGGAUGGUGUGCCACCCACAGAACCUCCAUGGCAUUCUCAAUACCGUGGAGACACUCUGCCCAACACACAGGGAGAAGAAAAUCCAGAUGCCUCAGAGAAUCUGGCUUUAUUGGCCACAGCUUUGAAGGAAGCCAACACGCCAGUUCCGGCUCGAGUCCAGCACAUUGUUGCAGAGAAUUCUGCACCAGUCCCAACCACCAAGGGACUCAAGAAUGCGGUGGACAAGAUGGACAAGGCCAGACGGAAACUACGAGAAGCACAGGCAGCACGGGCCAACCUACAUACCAACUGGAGGGCCUACAUCGCAGACUCUGUCAAAAGAUGGACGCAGUUUGCAGAGCAAUUUGGCAAAGACGAUGCCGACCUCGCAGAGAGGGUGAAAGCUGCGCAAGACAGACUCCAGAAGACCAAGGAGGAUGUGGAGAGCAAGAAGCAGGCGUUGGAAACUAUGGACGAAGAGUCUCAGAUCGAGGUCUCCGACGACGAAAUGCCGGAUCGCAUAGACACGUCCGAGAAUAUCCAAGAAAGCCUAGCGUCGAUGGUCUCCAACUUGCAAAACAUGCAGCAGAAAGCCGAGGAAGCAUUCGUCGAGGCCAACGAGAACAAGAACAAAAGGCAGAGACUGGAAGAGCCACUAUCAGAAGCUGGUGCUCCUGCGCAGCAGUCUGGUGGAGUGGCUUCUACAGCCAUGGUGCCUUUUGGAAAGCCGGGCAACCACAGCUUCACGUUUGAUCCCGAGUACCAGUCGGUAUGGGCAGCGUCAAUUGCCGGGCUGGAUUUGUCAUGGGAAGUAGGUACUUUGUCCUCUACUUUGUCAAGUUCCUCACAGUCGUCUUUGUCCUUGCGACCGAAGCGAAGCAAGAUUCCUGGACGGCGUGUACAUUUUCAGAAGCCAGAAGAACACUAUGUGGGUGAUUUGAGUUCUUCAACGACUUUUCUGAAGCAGAGUGUGGACAUUUUUGAGUAUCCUUUUUCUCUUGACUUUGCGCAGAUAGCCUAUUAUACAGAUGAGAGUUCCUUGAUGGCUUUGGGCACUUUGACCUCGCCAAGGGAGCUGGCCAUGAACCAGAAUCGCGAAGCAGCCGCGGUGUUUGAUGACCCCAUGGCUGCACGCCAAGAUGAAGAACCAGCAAUACAAGCUGAUCCUGACCAAGAUCUUCCAGAGUCAGAAUCAAGUUCAUCAAGUGAAUCCGACAGUGGAGAGUUUAGGCGACCUGCCAUUGUUUACUCACUUGAUUGGGACCCUAUGCACUGCAGACCCAGAUGGAGCACUUAUGAAAAGCUUCACAAAGACAUUGCGGUGCACUUUGACAUCAGCAUACAUGAUCUGACUGUGGUGCAUGCGGUGCGUUCACCCCCAGUGGAUUUGCUUGCGGCCAAGAUUCAACCUUUCAUCGCACAGAAGCCGGGGGAUGUCACUGAGGGGUCAAACUUCCAGCUGACACUCAUUGAUGUGGAAUUUCACAAUGCCUUGCCUUCACUGGAACAAGAGACUGUGAGACGAGUGCGCCUGAUGCCGAUGACCCUAUCCAGAAAGGCGCUUUUGGCCCUUCUUGGACUGGAAGCGCAUUGUCGCUAUGUGAAAAAGGCAUGCUUGGUGUGGCACAAUGGAGAUCCAGUCAAAACACAGGCAAGAUCACUGAUGAAUCUGCGACAUGGAGACUUUCUCAAAGUUGCAGUACCGCCGGGUAGAGGAGAACUGAGAAGACAUUAUACCAGAGAGGUUGCGCAAUGUCUUCGACGUGGAUAUCUUCCUUCCAAUGUACCUGCAGUUCUUGAAGCUCAUCCUGAAGGUCUCAAUGUAGUGGACAUGCCUGUGGUGGACAACUUCAAUUACAUUCCACGAGCUGCUGACCUUGACUAUGAUCGAGAUGCAAUGGCCCUCCUGCAACUACAAGGAUGGAGUCUUCCAGCCUAUGAGGCUUGGCCUGAUUUUCUUCAAAGGCCGAGUGGAAAGACCCCACGUGAGUGUAAGGUUGGGGAAGAUGAUGUUAGAGACCCAGUCAUUCCAUCGUCUGACAUUCAACCUGCUGUAGAGGGAGGUCGUCCAGAACUUGACUUUGGGGAGGUCACGCAGUUUCUACAAGGGCUUCACCCACUAUGGCAACACUAUGCGGCAGUGGGAAGAGAAGAUGAAGGUCGGGUGCUAUACGUACGUACAUGGUACACUGACCACUUAAGACAUCCACGCUGUGAACAUGACCGUGCAGUUCGUCUUCUACAAGAUCCAUGGAGCUGGCCAGAUGCGCUAGCGGAAAGAUGGGAUGAUCUUAUUGACCCAGAUGAGCGAAUUGAUCUGUAUCUCGUCAGACCAUCGCCAAGGAGCCGAGGUUGGGAGGAAGCAGAUGCAGUACCACAUAUUGUUCUAGUACAACGUCCUCAGGCAGAACUUCGCAGUCUCCAUAUUACCACCAUUGACCCAGCCAAUGAGGCAUCACUUCUCACUUCAUUUGUGCUGGCAAGUCCGAGGCGCAUUAGGAAGAGGUAUUUCCUUGAGUUGCUGGGAAUUCUGGACGACACUGUCGUAGAGAGUCUGGUGGAUUGCAUGGUUUGGCAUGGAGAUUUGCUUCUAGAACAUCAUGAAGUUUUUCAAAGCCAACAUGGAGAUAGCUUCUUGAUCAUCCUCAAUCAUCUGAGGGAUAUUGUGAGAAGAGCGGCAAGCGCAGCAAGCAGUUCGGAUGGACUGAAUCUAUUGCAAAGGAACGUCAAGCGCCAACACCUCCAUUUGAAUGAUCUGGUCUUGGAAACUUCAGAGACCUCCUUACCAAGGAUGCAGGCUUUGAGAGUUAUUUGGAGACUGCCACCGGGGCCACAUCCAUCUUUCAUUGAAGUUCCGAUCCAUGCGACAGAACCUCAACUUGAAGCAGAGUUUCAGGGAUGGGGAAUUUCUUGCAGACCGGUAGCCUGCUUCGAAAGAGAUGCUGUAAUCUGCCUGCCUUUGGCAGCAGAACAUCCAGCGCAAGAGUAUGACUACAUCUUCGUCAACAUGGACUUGGAGGAUGAUGAGUUUACUUUCCUGCGCACGCAGUCACAUGCUCUGGAUGACCAUGGACUCAUGAAGCAUCUCUAUGCAUUAGGUUUUUGGCGCGCGGUGAUCCACUCUGAACAGGAGAUUUAUCCCAAGAUUUACAAAGUGACAUUCAUCAAUCAGAGAGUUCAAAUGGCCAGUCAUGUCGACAAAGGCAAAACUCUGCCGGAGUGGCCACCACCACAAUGUGGUCCUCGUGGCACCAAUCCUUUUUAUCAUGGACAUGCCGAUUUUUGCAGUGACACAUUGAUUGACAUUGGACUUACACAUGCUGACAUUGCUGAGCUCUUUGACUCACACAAGCAUGUCCUGCAGACAAGCUUUGGUCCUUCUCAGCCACCGGAGGAGAUUGUCAAGGCCAUCGCUGCAUGUGACCAGUCCAUCGCCAAUUCUGACCUUGACCGACUUUUGGUUUAUGCAGAUGGAUCUUCCCUUGGAGCACUCAAACAUGUUCCUCCUCUGCGGGCAGAAGAAGAAGGCAGUGGCGACACCUGGGCAUAUGUGGUUGUGGGUGAGAGAUACCACCCACCAGGUUUGAAAUUCAUGGGAUGGAAUGCACAAGCAGUGCACUAUGAGCCCAGUAGCAAUGUCCAUAUUGGGGCCAGCCGCUUAGGGGCUGAUGUGGCAGAAAAGGAAGGCUUAGCAUGGGCCUUGGGACAAGCAGAAGGAGUUGUGGGCGCUGCACAACUUGAUGACACCCUAGCCUUUUUGCGUGGAGUUUGCCAAGCAGUUGAGACUGCCAUCGAGCCGGAGAAUGUCAUCUACGCUCAUGUACCAGGGCACGCAGGGGAAGUAUGGAAUGAGCUAUGUGAUUGGCUAGCCAAAGAAGAGCGACGCAGAAGUUUUUACUGCCCAAGACCACAUUUGGCGGUGCAAAGAUGGCGCAAGUCCAUUGGUCAUGCUUGGAUGCUCUUCAACAACCACCCUGAUCUCCCUGCGUUUUGUGGAGAAGGUUUCCACGCACCAGCUCCGCAGUUGCCACCAGCACAAAGAGCCAUUCCGCAGGCCCCAGUCAAACAAACACGUUCCAGAAAGAUCACUUUCAACAUGAGUGCUUGCACGGCGAACGUGCAGUCAUUGAGCAGUGGUUUGCAAGGGCAUGCAGGCAAAUUGGCAUAUCUUCGCCAACAAGUUCGGGCGUGCAAACUGUCACAGAUUGCAGAGGAGUUUGACAAUGCCUCCUCUGAUCAUGCCACACCAGUAGUUGAAUUAGAAUGGGAAGGAGAGGCACAAGUGAGUCAACGGAGCACAACACCAUCCACACCUUAUGACGCUGCAGCCAUCUCCCCGGAAGUUGUCACAGGCAUUCUACAGUCCUAUGAGCCAGCGCAGUGGCAUAGUGACAUUGAGAGUCAGAUCGACACUUUCAACGCAGCCAUCUUGCAGGGUCUUCGUCAUGCAUGUCCCAAACGUCGAGCACAGGCCAAAAAGCCCUAUAUGUGUGAUGAUUUAUGGCACAUACGCUCACAAAAACUUCAAGCAAAGAAGCAUUUGAAGGCAGCCUGCAAGAGAAGCAGGGAGGAGAGCCUGGUCUGCUUUUUCCAAUCAUGGAGGGCUCGAAGACAACCAGGUAGGGAGAUCUGCGAGGAGCAGUUCUGGCACUACAACUCCUUUCUGCAAUUGCGCAAGCUUAAGUGUGCUGCGCAGCUGUAUCAUUUUACGGUACAGCUUCGCAGCAAGCUGAAGACCGCCAAACAGCGCAGUAUCAAGGACAAGAUCACCAGCCUCCCAGAUGACGCGUCAGCAGCGACCAUCCUUCAUGAAAUGCGGCCCUUUUUGGGACCCUCCAAUUUGAAGAAGGUCAAAACGGCAACUUUGCCGUAUGUGAGAAAGGAGAAUGGUGAGAUAUGCACACUCCCGAAUGAGGCAGUUGAAGCUUGGCUCAGCUUUUUCAGCACUAUGGAAGGAGGAGUGCGCAUGAAGCUUGAGGAACAAAGGGCAUUGUGGAUCAGCAACCUUGAGGCUCUUCAACAAGCUUCUUUCACCAUUGAUGGUGUGCAUCUUCCACGGCUAUUAGACUUAGAGGCAGCCCUCCGACGCGUGAAUCCACAAAAAGCGACGGGCCCUGACCAAGUCCACCCUCGUGUUUGCUGUGCAGCUCCACAUCGUUUGGCUCGCAAGCUUUAUGGUGCUCUGCUGAAGCUCCUGACACACGGACAGGAAUCGCUUUGCCACAAGGGGGGACUUUUACACCCUGUCUGGAAAGCCAAAGGAAGGAAAGAUUUGUGCUCUUCUUUCCGCAGCAUCCUGAUAUCGAGUCACAUCGGGAAGAGCCUGCAUCGAAGCAUCCGCCAACAUCAGACCUCACUCUUCAGCGCCUUUUUGCAGCAUGAACAGAUAGGAGGACGACCUCGAGCCCCUGUCACCCUUGGAGUGCAUAUUGGUAGAGCUUUCUUGAGGGCGAAGAAAGGACAGGGACACAAUGUGGCGAUGUUGUACCUCGACCUCACUGAAGCGUUUUAUCGCAUUAUGAGACCCCUGGUGGUGGGGGGGGAAAUCGAGGACGAGCUCAUCAUCUAUGUUGGGGCGCGCCUGGGCCUUUCUGAAGACCUUUUGGGCGAGUUACACCGCCAUCUUGCUGAACCGUCAGCGGUUGAACGAGCUCGACUGCCGCGGCAUCUUCAGCAUACCUUGCGGGCUUUGCAUCAAGACACGCACUUCCAUGUCAAAGGGCAGGUUGAUUGCUGUAGAACGAGACUUGGUUCUCGACCGGGUGACUGCUUUGCGGAUGUGAUUUUCUCGUAUUUGUGGUGCCGCAUUUUGACCACACUUCAAGAUCAACUUUGUGCGCUUGGCAUAGCGGAGACCUUCCCGAAGCACACUGGUUUGGUUUUGGAUGCAGCCCCACAUGAGGAACAGGCUGACACUUGCAGCUUCCUCGGACCGACGUGGAUGGAUGAUACGUGUGUCUGCAUGUCAGACAUCAAUCCCAUUGCGCUGGAGCAUAAGAUCACGCAGGCAGCUGGGGUGCUUCUUUCACUUUGCGACUCGCAUGGCCUUUCACCUAAUCUAUCACCAGGGAAAACAGAGGUGCUCUUGGUCUUCCAGGGUCGUGGUUCCAAGCAGAUGCGCAUCAAGUAUUUUGGACCAUCCUCUGAGAAUGCCAUCCUGGUGGUGGGGGAAACAGGCACUCGCAAAAUUCGGACAGUGGGGCAUUACACGCAUUUGGGCUGUGUUAUCCACCACCGUUCAGACAACAGGAAAGAAGCCAGGAGGCGAGUUGGGAUUGCGCAGCAAGCCUUUUCUCAGCACAGACGUCACCUGCUACACAAUGAUCAAUUGCCGGCAAGCAAGCGGGUGGAGUUGUUCAAGACGCUGAUUAUGAGCAGAUUCAGUUAUGGAACUGAGUCGUGGACAUUUGAGGACCACAAAAGCCGUGAACAUGUCCACAACUCACUCCUUCGUCUUUUUCGGCGACUUCUCAAAGCUCCACACGACGCACAUCUCACUGAUGAGGCUGUCUUGGCAGGCACAGGACUCAACAGUCCGACGGAAAUUCUACGUAUUGCUCGGCUCCGAUACCUUGGAACGCUUUAUCGCUGCCAAGAUUUGGUGCCGUGGGGUUUGCUCAACAGCGACAAAGCGUGGACGAGACUGCUGGCUGAUGACCUGGAGUGGAUGUGGCACCAGCUUAAGGCCGCCUCAGCCUUACCACAUCCUGCCGAACGUCUUGAACCUUGGGAAAUGAUUUGGUGCCACCAUCCGUCAUAUUGGAAAAGACUUGUACGUCGAGCAGGAGAACAUGCUCUUCUACAACGACAACGACGGCAUCGAGUUGGGUAUUUUCAUGAGCGUUUUUGUCAUCUUUUUGAACAAGUCCUUCCUGGACACUUUCAGGUGCCCAAGUUUGAUGCAGAGAAGGUAGAGACCACAGAACACUACGGCUGCAUGCAAUGCCAACAAGUUUUUGCGAGUAAAGGAGGUCUCGGUGCUCAUUGCUUUCGGAAACAUGGCGUUGUAGCCCGUGUCAGGCUCUUAUUCGAUGUGACCAGUUGCGGCGCAUGCCUCAAGGAGUACCACACCUUCAGCAAACUGCAAGCGCAUCUCAGGAAUUCAGGCGCUUGUAGAAGAACACUUUGGGGGCGCAAGCGCUACACUGGUGUGGGAGAUGGCACCGGAUCCUUGACGGAUCGUCAUCUUUGUCGACAGCACGAUGGCAUUUUGCCACCUUUGCAGGGUUUUGGACCUCUUCUCCCUGCGUGUGCACAAGAGGAGAUUCCUGAAUACGACCUAGAGCUGGCAGAGGAGAUCUACCUGGCUUUGGUCGAGUGCGAGGGGAAGAACCUGGUUGAGCAAAUCGUGCGAGAUGUUAUCUCCACUCGUUCUACGUCCUGGCAAUCCUGUCGGGCAUCCUUGCACUAUCUGAUUGAGGAGCUCACGGCUGAGGACAUUGUGGUCUUGGACCUUGGGGACUAUGACAUCAAGCAGUUCCUGCAGUACCUGGCGACGCCUGCAGCGUGGCCUUUUCUCCAAGCUUCGCCUAGCCGGGAGCGGUGCUUGGAGCCAGAUGACCAGAUGACUGCAAAAGAACAGGCUUGUGAGAAGGGCAUUGCAUCUGCGGAAAAGCGAGCCAAGAUCUGGGACGUUCCCCGCCCUAUGGCUCGAGAACGUUACCUGAUCCACGCGUUUUCGGGCAGACGACGCAUGGGUGACUUCCAGCAGUUUGUGGAGGCGGCCAACCUUCGCCAUCCCGCCACGACCAUCUUCACCAUUUCCGUGGAUCUCAUGGUGGACCCAAUUUGGGGGGAUGUAUCUCGAGAAGAGGUGCGUGCCUUCUGGAUCCGAGCAGUGAGAGAUAGAUUCGUGGUUGGAGCUCUAGCGGGUCCCCCGUGCGAGACGUGGUCUCAGGCACGUGGUCGUGCAGCGCCUGAGUUGGUGGAGACGGAAGAGCAGGCGACACACCCACGUGGUCCACGUGUCCUGCGAGACAUGGAGGAAAUCUGGGGAAGGGCUGCUUUGGCCUUACGCGAGAUUCGGCAGUUAGAUGUUGGGAACUUGCUUUUGCUUUUUACGCUGGAGCUUUUGAUCAAUUUGGCUCUGGAAGGUGGGAUUGGUUGCUUGGAGCACCCAGGGCCACCGGAAGAUGCUACGAAGGCGAGUAUUUGGAGGCUACCAGUGGUGCAGUUCCUGCUAGCAUGGCCGGAAUUUGAGUUCCUGGAGAUUUCGCAGGGCUUGUGGGGUGCUCCCAGCCGCAAGCCCACAGGGCUGGUGCUACUCAACAUGCAGCAUAUGGUGGCACAGCUCCGCAAGUGGCAAGUCGCGACUGAUGUCCCGCGUGGAACUUCGAUAGGUCUCACAAAGGAUGGAAUUUGGGCGACGAGCCUAUUAAAAGAAUACCCUCCUGCACUUUGUGCAGGGCUUGCAGGAGGGUUUGUGCAGACACUACAGGAACAUCCUGUAGAUGAAUUUGUGGUUCCAACCAGUGACUUCCGAAGGCAGGCCAAGGACAUGUUA